AUGGAGUAUGGAGCUCCAAACCGACUGCAACGGCAUGGUCGCCUUGAUAGUCCAAUGUUUCUUUGCAAGGCGCGUUUGGCUACGUGGGUAGUCACUGUUUGGUGUGCGGGAUUUCGUGAUCCUGAUAUUUCAGCAGUGUCGCAGAACGUAUAUCUUGUGUCAGCGAUUGUCCUAUUAUCAUGUGUUCACUUUGGUCUCGGAAUCGUUUUCACCGUUUCCAGUUUUCAGCUCCCUUCGGUGUUUGGAUUUAGGCGGUUGGUUUGGGUUACCAGCGCUGGGAUCGGGAGUGCCGCAGCCGCGGAUAUUCUUAUUGCUGUCUCGCUUUGCUACUACCUCUCUCAGAGCAGAACAGGAUUUAAAAGGACGGACUCAUUGAUUUCGACCUUGAUCAUUUACACACUGACAACCGGCCUCAUGACAAGUGUCAUUGAUAUUGUCAUUGUCAUAACGUUCACUACAAUGCCAACAAAUUACGUCUGGCUAGCGUUCUUCUGGAUAGUGGGACGAUGUUAUGUGAACUCUGUACUUGCCGCCCUAAAUAGCCGUGAUUCCCUUCGAGGCCGUGUGGCGGCACGGGAGGGUAGUUUUUUACAACUCUCACCGAUGACCACCGGCAAUGUCACGACACAGAUAACGAGACCUCAAACUCAGGUAUCGGAUUAUAGAUCUUUGCCUGAAGUGCACAAACCUGCAUUGACGGUGAAUAUACAAACGGACACGGUUAUGAAGGCGGAUUACUUGGACUCCCCCGCGAGUGGGACUUCUGCCCCCGCAAUUCUUUACAGAAGCGCCCUAUGA